CGUUUCGACCGUGAUACAUCAGACAUUUUGAACGUAUUUCGCUGACAUCGCAAUAAUUGACUUAUAAACACUAAAGGAGACUUUCUUUUAAUACCUUUUCUGUGAACUUUUAAAAUCAAUUAAGGAUGGAAAUGUUAGCAAAAACAGAAGCUAUGCAAUUUUUAGUUGAUAUACUAGAACUCAACAACAUUGAAGAGAUUUUGAACUACGACGAUAAGGUCAAUGCAGUGGAAGCGAUCAUGGAUGCGUAUCGAGAAAAAGAACCGUUUCAAAACAUCAGCCUGAUGUCGGUUGAUUUUGACAAGAGAAGUCGGCCAUCUUGGACUGAAAUCAAGAACGCUAUAUUUUUAAAACAAGGUGGAUUAUGUUAUAGUCAUCAUAUCUUUUUAUUCGCCCUGUUCAAAGCGCUGGGUUUCCACGUUUCUUUGGGUACUGGUGGAGUUACCGGACCUAAUAAUCACGUGGUAUUGUUCUUUAAGGACGUGUGUAUACAAGGUGAUGUUUAUUUACUAGAAGCUGCCAUUGGUCUUCCUUCUUUUCACCUCAUUUCUUUAGAUUUCGAACACGAGUCUCCCGUUUAUCGUGACUCUUUCUUAGAGUACAAAUAUAUCAAACAUGGCGGCAAGAUAUUGCGCAUGCACCGGAAGGGAGAUCCGAGACCAAAUUUCGUAAAAGAACGAGAUAUAAAUGUAGAUGGAUGGACGAGGUUUUAUGACUUUGAGAUCGCCGAUACUCAAAAUAUUGAGGACUUUAAUGACGAUUAUGAUGCUGUCUAUACCGAUCCACAAAUCACACAUUUUCAUUCCAGUUUCCAUUUUAUCAUUUUCAUAAAUAGAAAAGCUUUCAUUGCUCAUAACACCAACAUUUUAACUGAAAAUGAUGAAAAUGAGCUAGAGAAAAUCGAGAGUGAAACAAACGAGGAAAUUAUAAGGUUUAUGCGCAAUCUUACAUCAUCUAUAGAUGAAUCAACCAUACGUCUUGCCUUGGGGAAUUAUAAGGAUACAAAACGGCGUGUGACAUCAAAAAAUUAGAACGGAUGAAUAUUGUAUCCUGUUAACUCUAUUUUAGUGAUUCCCAGGAAAGUUGGAUUAUGAAUGCCCGCACCUUAAAGGUCCAAAUGGAU